AUGACCACGGGCAAGUUUGCGAUGCCCGAGAUCGACUACCUCGGCCAUAUGAUGACGCGCGAUGGCAUUGCGGUCGACCUGACUAUCUCUGUGCCAUUGAGCAGUGACCGACCGACGCGAAAUGCGCUCCAUGCCGAGCUCAACUGGCGCGCGCACGAGAAGGAGCUCUACGCGACCAAGAUGGCACUGGCCAACGUGUGGCGCUUGUUCCUCGAAACGCCUCUGCUCAACGCCAAGAUAGUCCAAUAG